AUGUACUUCUCAGGCCAUACCCAAAAGGUGAGCCAAAGACCUUAUGAAUCUCACCUAACGCCUCAAGUUCCACGUAGCAAUUAUUUUCAUAUUCAGGAAGAAAAGCAAAGACUCCAGCUAAAGAAAUUCCUUCUUCAUAGGAUAUUUCUAGUAGCCAACAUAACAGCCAGAAUAGAAAAAAAAGAUCUUGCUCAAUACUAUGAACAUGCGUUUCAGUCAAUUUUGAAACAUCACCUAGGAGAAGCGGUGACGGGGUUAUUACUUAUGUAUCCUACUUCCAUUCUGCAUAUCCUCGAGACCUCCAGUGGCACUCUUUACCGAAUUCUUUUAGAUUAUGUUGGCCAUGAAAAGAACGAAAAAGAAUUUUUUAUCCAAGGAAUGAAAAUUAUCGUCGUGUCCCAUAACAUCCCGACAAGGAUCUUCAUUCAGUGGCAAGUUUCAAUAGUAAAAGUGCCUGUCAUGUAUCUUGAUGACUUGACACAGUCACGAUCCCUAGAAGAGGUCGUCACAGAGUUUCUCACCCAAACUCAUAAACUGGCACUCUACCUUUGUAAGACUGUUAAAGUGAGCACUAAAGGACCAGGAGAUAACUUGCACCAAGUUGUACCUGAAUUGCUCCCCCCGGAACAAAUAAUAAAGUACUUGUGCAAAUCUGAAGAAUUCAUGGACCCAGAGGCUUUCCUCGACAUGUAUAAUAAACCCAUACAUGUCACUUUAGAUUCUGAGGUGGUAUGGCCUGCUCCGUCCGUUUUCUAG